GAAGGAAGCGGAAGAUGGGAAUGUACAACCUGGUCCCCAAGAAGAAGGCCAAGACCCUGAAGCAGCAGGAGAAGAAGGAGGAACCAGGACCCAGUGUGGAGAAGAACAGAGCUGCAGCACAUGAGACAGCAGGCAUUCUACCAGAGACGGUGAAGAGCAGAGAACCGACAGCCAUCAAGAGUGAGUCGUUGAUGGAGGCGGAGCCUGGAGAAGGCUGCCAUGCUGAAUACACAGAGCUGGCCUUGGACUGUCUCGAUCUGAAGGCUCAGGAAGAGCUGCUCUCGCCUCCCUCGUCAGGAGCAGCAGCUGAGGUGACAGAAACGGACCUGGCUGAGGAGCUACCGCUGUGCUGCUGUCGCAUGGAGACUCCUCACAGCGGAGGCAACGUUUCCACACUGGAGCAGAGCUGCAUGGCCAUGGAGAGCACGGAUGGAAUGGUAACAUCCUCUGAACUGAUCCGGUGCCAGAGGCGAGUGAUGAAGCAGGAAAUGAUGCGACCCUCAAACACGGUCCAUCUGCUGGUUCUGUGCGAGGACCACCGGGCCGGUAUGGUCAAGCACCACUGCUGCCCCGGCUGUGGACUCUUCUGCCGGGCGGGCUCCUUCAUGGAGUGCAGGCCGUACGGCAGCAUCUCCCACCGCUUUCACCGCGACUGUGCUUCCAUCUUGAGGGAUCUCAGGUUUUGCCCUCACUGCGGAGAGGACGCCAGCGGUGCGAAGGAGGUCACGGUGUCCAGGGCUGAUCCGUGUCCCUCUGUACCCAGAUCAAACCCUGGGCCGGCACUCCCAGUGGCCACCCUGCCUUCAGUCCCAACCGUGCCUGCUGUUCCACAGAUACUCCGAGCUAAGAAGACCAGCGAGCCCCAGAGGAGCAGGAAUGAAAGCCCGAGCAGUGUAAACAGCGAGGCUGUGUGUGUUGUGGACCGACAGCCUAAAGAGUCACUAGAGAGCAUCCUGAUGGCGCUGGAUGAUGACAACCUGAAACCAAAGAAGGUGAAGUACCCCCCCCGACAGCUGUACAUCUCUGCUAAAGAAGGAGAGCUCCAGAAGGUCCUUCAUCUCCUGGUUGACGGGAAGGACCCCAACUUUCUGAUGGAGGGCCCAAAUAAAGGCACCCCUCUUCAUGCAGCAGCUGCUGAGGGCCACCAGGAGAUCUGCCACAUGCUGGUCCAGGCUGGAGCCAACCUGGACAUGUUUGAUGAGCAGCAGAGGACCCCGCUGAUGGCGGCCUGUGAAAACAGCCACCUGGACACAGUGAAGUACCUGCUGAGAGCUGGAGCAGCCGUCGGCCACAAGGACAUCAUCGGGUUCACCUGUCUGCAUCUGGCUGCUAAACUGGGACAUUGUGAUAUUGUUCAUCAUCUGCUCUCCAAAGCAUCCAGACACGUCAACGGUCAGGACGACGGGGGAUGGACUCCCAUCACCUGGGCCAUUGAGUACAAGCACAAGGAGCUGGUCCACCUGCUGCUGGCCAGAGGGGCCGACGUGAACAUCAGGGACAAGGAAGAGAACGUCUGCCUGCACUGGGCGGCCCUCUCCGGCUGUGAUGACAUCGCCCUGGCUCUGCUGGAGGCCCGAUGUGACCUCAACGCUGUCAACGUUCACGGUGACUCCGUGCUUCAUGUUGCUGCCAGAGAGAACCACCUGGAGUGUGUGACGUUGUUACUGUCUCGUGGAGCUGACAUCACUCAGAAGAACAAGGAGGGAGAGAGUGCUCUGGACUGCUGCGUCUACGGCUCCAAGGUGUGGACGGCCCUGAACACCAACAAGAAGCUGACUGAUGCCCGGAGAGGCAGGGACAGUCAUGGAGACAGAGUGCUCAGCAGGGACAUCUCUCGGGGGUACGAGGCCGUUCCUAUUACCUGUGUUAACGGUGUUGACAGCGAGCCGAGCCCUGAAAACUUUAAAUACAUUCCUGACAGCUGUGUCACCUCCCCGCUGAACAUGGACCGGGACAUCACGCAUCUACAGCACUGCAGCUGUACAGACGACUGCUCAUCCGGUACCUGCAUGUGUGGUCAGCUCAGCCUGAGAUGCUGGUAUGACGGUGAGGGUCGACUACCUCUGGACUUCUGUCAGAGGGAGCCCCCAGUGCUGUUUGAGUGUAACCACGCCUGCUCCUGUUGGAGGACCUGCAGGAACCGAGUGGUCCAGAACGGACUGAGAGCGCGGCUGCAGCUCUUCAGGACUCAGAAGAUGGGCUGGGGAGUGAGGGCCAUGCAGGAUAUCCCUCAGGGAACAUUCAUCUGCGAGUAUGUCGGGGAGAUCAUCACGGAUGCAGAGGCCGAUAAAAGGGAGAACGACUCUUUCCUCUUCGCCCUCGACAACAAGGUGGGAGACGUGCAUUGUAUUGAUGCGAGACUCUUUGGCAACAUCGGCCGCUUCAUCAACCACCUGUGUGAGCCCAACCUGUUGGCUGUGAGGGUGUUCACCAUGCACCAGGAUCUACGCCUCCCCAGGAUAGCCUUCUUCUCCAGCAGGCCCAUCAGAGCUGGAGACCAGAUGGGGUUUGACUAUGGCGAUCACUACUGGAGGGUGAAGAGCAAGUACUUCAGCUGCCAGUGUGGCUCUGUCAAGUGUCGCCAAUUGGCCGGCAGCGGAUAGGAACUCACUGGUCCCUCUCUGCCGGGAUGCGCUCUGACCUCUGACCUCGUCACCGUCAGAAACACGGAACGUGAUGCUUUCAUUAAGUCAACACCAACGGGAUGUUCUUGAAUUCACAGUUUUAAAGCAACUUUCACAAACAUUGUGAGAGUCCGUAACCUCAGAGCACAGGAUCUGACUCAUUGAUGCACCUGAUGAGGUCACUUUUCUACAUGAAGGACCCUGUAGCUCGCCACCAGCCCCAAAUACUGUAUGUCAGAGUGGUGACAUCAUAUCUGCACUCAUGCACUCUCGCUUUAAUACUGCAAAUAUGUGUAUUAGUGAAGUGAAGUGAUGUUCCUGUAGUCUGAUGUCUUCUAUGAACACGCGUUUUACUACGUGUCUAAUUAGACAUUAAACACAUGUGAAAGCUCUUUUCAUCUUGUUUUUUAUUAAUGAACUUUAGUUGUCAGGAGAAAGUAGGGACACGGCUUCAGGAGUGUCGGUGAGGUCCAGCAUCUGUGCUGGCUGAUCAGGUCUCGCUCACGGUUGGUGUUCCGGUUCAGCCCAAAGGUGUUGGAUCAGUCCUUCCACACCAGACUGGGAGAUCAUGUCUGUAUGGAGCUGACGUGUACGGACACGUCGUCAUGUUGAAACAGAAAGGGGACAAACGUACUGUUGACACAAAGUCUCUACUGUCCAAAAUAUCUUUGUAUGCUGGAGCAUUAACGUUCAUUUUUAUUGGAACUGAAGGACCCGAACCAGGAAGAAGUGACCUAGACCGAAGGUACACAGCAGCAUACUGUAUGUUCACAUACAUUUAACCAUAUAGUGUAACUAUAGUACUCUAUUCUAGACCAGGAACAACUAACCCAGACCACAAGUACACAAAGGUAUGUGGACAGACCUUUGGCCGUACUGUGUGGUUGGCACAUUUAAGUGAAGAUAUCACAACGACAGACUGUCAAAUAACUGAGACGAGUCAAAUGUGAGACGAGUCAUCAGUAAUACUUUCUAGUAAAACAAAUUUGGUGAAAUGAAAUGAUUAGUGGUUUUCCUGGGAGCUGCUGCAGUCCUCUGCAGGUCCCUGAGCUCUGCUGGCCUCAGUGUGGAAGCAGAUUACUGGUCAACAUUGCUGCCGGUUUGUUAGCUCGGCAAAUCCAAAUGCAGCUCCGUAUUAUUUUGUGAAACCUCCCAGACCGUUUCAUGUCGAGUGAAUCCACAGAUUCACUUCAACUCAACCACACGCUGGUCUGAUCAUCAUGUUCACCAUCGAGUCACAGUUCCUCACUAACUGCAAUUUGAACCAAUUUCAAAAUUACAUUUUUGCUUUGAGUCCUACAGCAUUUUUAAUAAAGUACUUUCAUUUUUGUUUGAUAAUAGUUUUUUUUAAAUGUGAUAACUUAGGAUAUGUAGUCUGCUAGUUUCACAUGAUUUCCGUUGUUAUGGGGCGACUGUGGCUAAGUGGAUAGCAGGGCCGUCCUUCAAUCAGAGGGUCGGCGCAGGGC